GUCGAUCGCACCCGCGGCACAGCAAUAACAGCAACAGCAACAGCAACAAUAGCAGUCAGUCAGCGCACCCUCUUCCGGCCCGUCAGCUUCGACGCCACCAACAUGCUGCUCGUAGACAAGCGCCCGCCGCAAAGCCUGCCCGUGAACGCCGGCCGCAAGCGCAAGAUCGUGCUGAGCGACGACUGCAGGGAGAAGCGCCCGCGCUGCAGCAGCGCGUGGACUGAGCUCGAGUACGAGAUGGUGCUCGAGGAGGCCACGCUCCUGCGCGAGGAGCUGGAGCUGCUGCUCUUCGUGGCCGCCGACCUCUGCCGAGACCUGCGCUGCGACGACACGCCCGUGCGCAGCUUCGCCGCCGCACUGGAGCAGAUCGGAGAGCUCAUAGCCUCGUCGCAAGCGCUCACCGUCCCGCAGAUUCGCGAAAUGUGCCAGCAGAUGCUCGCCAUGAUGCAGUACCUGUGCCGCGUGCACUACAGCCACUUCGCCCUCGUGGACAUGCAGGACCAGCUCCGAGAGUGCCGCAACCGCUUCAUGCUCUUCAUCUGCAAGAACGCGACGAUGAUCGGACUCUAGAGAGACCAGCCUGCAGCACCAGCACCACACCAAUCUAAGUUAUGGGCUCCACCGACGCCCUGUAUCAGUAUUUUUGCCACACUAGGGGCUAGCAACCCCACAUAAUAUAUCGCUCCGUUUCAGUCG